CUAAUGCAAAAGCAAAUUUUUCGUACGUUUGCUUUUUUUGUCCUUUUCAAAAAAAAAUGCAUUGUAGAAGGAGAAGCAGGUAAAAAAGCGACUGUCCUCACACGAAACCGAAACCGAAACAAAGACCGAAAUCGAAGCAAAAAAAACCACCACCGAUAAGUAACUAGCACUAGUCAACAAGUUGAAACUUCCCCUCCAAAAACUUCUUCUUCAGUUCUUCGUCUCUCUUUUUAUAAACCCAUCAUUCUUUUUCCAUUCCGCCUCAGCUUUUUCUCUCUCCGAAAUUCUCUCUCUGAAAUUCUCUCUCUGUAACAAAUCUUUUCCUCUCUCUCUUUCUUACUUCUUUCUGUGGUACGGACGAUGCCACAAGUGGAUCUUGAAACCUUAGUUUCUGCCUGCGCCGGCGUUUCCUGCGACCGCAAAAUCGCCUGCGAAACCCUAGCAACCACCACUACCGCCUCCGAUAACCAUAAUCAGCAGCCUCAAGAUUCUGAAACCGAUCCUCCGGAACUUCCGCCGGAUUUUCCGCCCGAGUCAUUUUGGCUGUCUAAGGAUGCUGAGUACGACUGGUUCGAUCGCAACGCCUUCAUCGAGCGCAAAGACUCCACCAAAGGAAACAACUCUCACUCUGCUAACUUGAAUCCAAAUAUUAUCCCACACUCUGGUAUUCAGUCAAAUUCUCAACGAUUUUCUAAUCUGAAAUCGAAAGCGUCCAUUCUUGGUUUGCCAAAGCCUCAGAAAUCUUGCUUUGUUGAAGCCAGACGCUAUUGUAAACCGGGAAAAACACGGUUGUUCCCGAAACGGUCCGCUUCGGUUUCUAAAUCGGAUUCGUCGUUGAUUGAGCCGUCUUCGCCUAAAGUUUCUUGUAUGGGAAGAGUAAGAUCGAAGAAAGAUCGGAAUCGGAGACUAAGAAACCGACAACGAUCUGGACGAUCAAGUGAAACAGACAAUAAAAGAGAAAAAGUAGAAAGGAAGCAAAGAACCGGAUUCUUUUCGACCUUUCGGGCUAUUUUUCGGGUUACUAAGCAUAAUACGAGGAACAGAAAAGAUGGAUCAUUAUCCAGACAGGGCUCGACGGCGAAGACGACGAUUACGGACAUUAGAGACCGGCUACCAGCGGGUGAGAGGGAUUCGCAGCCAAGAAAAAGUGUCGACAGUGACGGUUUUGAACCAGCGGCGGGAACUGAACCGGUUGGUUUGGGUGCAAUGAAGCGGUUUGCGUCUGGUAGGAAAUCGGACUCGUGGGUCGACGUGGCAUGAUCUGAGUCGUCGACGGACUAUUUCGUGUGACGGGGGAAUAAUGAGUGGGGGCCAGCUAAUAGGAGAGGAAAAAUUAUUUCGUCGCCCUCGUGAUUGGGGCAACCGUGGGGCCCGUUAGUGUUUAAAUGGUUGUUGGAAUGACGUGGCGCGUUGAAAUAACGGUUUCCUCUCAAGCGCGGUAACUACAGUUAUCCCUCGUUUUAAAUUUUUUUUUUUUGGGUGGAUUAUUUUAGAUUUUCAAGUUUUUGCUAAUUCCAAAACCAGCAAUUAGAGUUUGUAAAUAUAGAAUAUGAGUGUAAAUUUUUAUUCUAAUAAAAGAAAAGGAAGUGCUCUCUUUGAGUUGCCAAUGAA